AUGUCCUCCAGGCUCCUCGGCUCCAUUGUUGGCAGAUUUGGGAUGCUUUGCAUUUGGGCUGGCAUCCUGAAAAUAAGCCAGGCCGUUAUGUUGCACAAGAAUGAAAGCGCUUUUAACGAUUUUUGUAAGAAAACGACUACUUGUGAGGUUUUGAAGUACAAUACAUGCCUUGGAUCUCCUUUACCUUACACACAUACUUCUCUGAUCCUGGCUGAGGACUCCGACACGCAAGAAGAAGCUCUAGAGAAGUUGGCCAUGUGGUCCGGUUUAAGAAAUGCUCCUCGCUGCUGGGCAGUCAUUCAGCCUUUGCUGUGUGCUGUUUACAUGCCUAAGUGUGAGAAUGGCAAAGUUGAGCUGCCCAGCCAGCUCUUGUGCCAGGCUACCCGUCGACCCUGCAGCAUUGUGGAACAGGAGCGAGGAUGGCCGAACUUUCUCAAGUGUGAGAACAAGGACCAGUUCCCUAUGGGUUGCCAGAAUGAGGUACAGAAUCUUAAGUUCAACACAUCAGGACAGUGUGAGGCUCCACUGGUUAAAACUGACGUACAAGCCAGCUGGUACAAAGAUGUGGAGGGAUGUGGCAUCCAGUGUGACAAUCCCUUGUUUACGGAGGAGGAACACUCUGACAUGCACGGCUACAUUGCCAUCUUUGGAUCCAUCACCCUGCUUUGCACUUUCUUUACAUUGGCAACGUUUCUUGCUGACUGGAAAAAUUCCAACCGCUACCCUGCUGUCAUCCUCUUUUAUGUCAAUGCCUGCUUUUUCAUUGGCAGCAUUGGGUGGCUCGCUCAGUUCAUGGAUGGCGCCCGCAAAGAGAUUGUGUGCAAAAGUGAUAACACAAUGCGACUUGGAGAGCCCUCAUCGACAGAAACACUUUCAUGUGUUAUCAUCUUUAUCAUUGUGUACUAUUCCCUAAUGUCGGGGGUCAUCUGGUUCGUUAUCCUUACUUAUGCCUGGCACACAUCUUUUAAAGCUCUUGGCACUACCCAACAACCUCUGUCUGGAAAGACAUCAUACUUCCACCUGGUCACAUGGUCAAUUCCAUUCAUUCUCACAGUGGCUAUAUUGGCCAUAGCAGAGGUUGAUGGAGACUCUGUAAGUGGAAUCUGCUUUGUUGGGUACAAGAACUACAGAUAUCGAGCCGGGUUUGUUUUAGCUCCUAUUGGUGUAGUACUUGUGGUUGGUGGUUAUUUCCUCAUAAGAGGAGUCAUGACAUUAUUCUCUAUCAAAAGUAACCAUCCCGGACUGCUGAGUGAAAAAGCUGCAAGCAAGAUUAAUGAAACCAUGCUGAGACUUGGUAUAUUUGGCUUCCUGGCUUUUGGUUUUGUUUUCAUCACUUUUGGAUGUCAUUUCUAUGACUUUUUUAACCAGGCUGAGUGGGAAAGAAGCUUUCGGGAAUAUGUGCUGUGUGAAGCCAAUGUGACUAUAGCUCAUCAGACCAACAAACCAAUUCCGGAGUGUACCAUCAAGAACAGGCCCAGUCUAAUGGUGGAGAAGAUUAAUCUUUUCUCCAUGUUUGGUACUGGCAUUGCCAUGAGCACCUGGGUGUGGACCAAAGCCACCAUUCUUAUCUGGAAACGCACUUGGUUUAAAAUCAUUGGACGAAGUGAUGAUGAACCAAAGCGUAUCAAAAAGAGCAAGAUGAUAGCCAAGGCAUUCUCAAAGAGGAAAGAACUCCAGAAGGAUCCAGAAAAAGAGUUGUCCUUCAGCAUGCACACGGUCUCACACGAAGGACCUGUGGCGGGUAUUAACUUUGAGCUGAAUGAGCCAUCCAUAGAGAUGUCCUCUGCAUGGGCCCAGCAUGUGACUAAGAUGGUGGCGAGACGUGGUGCUAUUUUACCCCAGGACAUCUCAGUCACCCCCACUGGAACUCCAGUGCCACCACCAGAGGAGAGAAACAGAUUAUGGAUGGUUGAAGCUGAAAUCUCCCCUGAGAUGAUGAAACGCAAAAGAAAAAAGAAGAAAAGGAAAAAGGAUUUGCGCCCAGUUGCACCUGCUGAAGAGCAAGUGAAUCCUGUUGCCCGUCACAGAGAGUUUGGCCCCAGUGCUGUCCCUCGCCUUCCCAAACUCCCAGCACAUAACAGCCUCGUGGCUAACCUGUGGGAACGUCAGUGUCAGCAAGAGGAGAACGUCCUGCCAGGCUCCUUCCCUGAAUUCCGACCUUCCUAUCCCAUUUCACACCAGGAGAGAUACGUCAAGCCUGGAUAUGUUUUAUCCAGCCAGCGCAGCAGGGAUCCUGGCUUAAACCUUGCAAAUACCCUGACAGUAAGAGAUAGCCAGUACGAGGGAGGAGGCCAGUACAAACAACCGGCCUGGCAAUCGAAUGGUGGAUUCCACUAUUUAGGGCAGGACAUGCCUGUGCCAUUGGGUGGAGGGAGGACAGAAGUUGCACCUCGAUCAGAGGCCAGAAGGCAGGUGGCUGCCCCAAUUCAUUCCAGAACCAAUCUUAUGGACACAGAGCUGAUGGAUGCUUACUCUGAUUUUUGACUGCAUUGUUUUUUGUGUUUGGUCAAAAAGUGCUGGAUACUUUGCACCACACAUUGAACUGUUUACUGAAAGGUGCAUUGCAAGGGUUGCAACCACUGGCACGUGUGUCUGUCCUAGCAUGUUUGCCUGGUAUGCUUAAUGAUAAAAGUAAAACCAUUUCUGUCUCGGCUCCAAAAUCUAAAGGAAAGUUCUUAAAUUUCUGAAUCAUUAUGAUAGAU